AUGGGACAAGUAGCAUCUGUACCGACGGAUAAAAGUCGAAGGUUGAAAGUAAUAGAUGCUGGAUUCUCCAGAACUGGAACAUUGUCCUACACAUACGCCCUUGAAUUACUUCUUGACGGACCAGUGCACCAUACAGCUACCCAGCUUUUUAAUCGAGAAGAUGCCUACUGCAAGAAAUGGAAUCAAAUAUAUCGAUAUCGGCGUGCAGGCAAGCGUACUCAAUUGCUUGAAGCGCUGGAUGAUGCUUUUUCAGGGUUUGUUGGCGCAACCGAUGUGACCGCCAUUGACUUCAUUCCAGAGCUCAUGGAGCUAUAUCCAGAUGCAAAAUUCGUGCUUGUCACACGCCCUUCAGCAGCUUGGUGGAAAAGCUUCAAGACAGUGUCCGACAACGCAGGCAGCAAAAUAAUGGGCUAUGUCACCAUGCCAUUGCCCGGUGUCCGAUGGUUCAUUGACACAGCGCGAGGGUUCUUUGAAGCGUGA